UGUCUCUAUCUUGCUUAACGUUUCCUAAUUUGUAUGAAAAAAAUCAAAAGUUGAAAUUGCAUUCACUUUUAUAUCUUCUCAAUCUCUGCUUUUGAAUAAAGGAGACUCUUCCUUUGCUUUCCUUUUCCUCUCCACUACUUUAUCUCUCCAAUUCAUAUUUUGAAUUUCCAAAACAAAAAAAAACGCUCCCAAAAUCAUUAUCUCCAACCUAUUUCUCUUCUCCAGAUAUUUUCAGUUGGUAAAAUGCCAGAGAUUCAAUUGGGUGCUCAUACAUUGAGAACUCAGGGAGUGGAAGUAGCAAGAUUUCACAUGCAUGACUGGAUUAUUCUCUUCCUACUUGUGGUGAUUGAUAUAGGUUUAAAUGUGAUAGAACCGUUUCACCGUUUUGUUGGAUCUGACAUGAUGACAGAUUUCAGAUACCCUUUGAAAGGCAAUACCAUUCCCUUUUGGGCUGUUCCGAUUAUUGCUAUAAUCUUACCUUUACUGGUCGUCCUUGUCUUUUACUUCAUUAGAAGGGAUGUCUACGAUGUGCAUCAAGCUAUGUUAGGAUUGCUGUACUCUGUACUUAUCACGGCAGUUCUUACUGAUGCAAUAAAAGAUGCCGUUGGUCGACCCCGUCCAGACUUCUUUUGGCGGUGUUUCCCUGAUGGAAAAGGGGUGUUUGAUAAAAUCACAAGCAAUGUCAACUGUACUGGCUUGAAAAGUGUUAUCAAAGAAGGACAUAAGAGUUUCCCAAGCGGACAUAGUUCUUGGUCUUUUGCUGGUCUUGGCUUCCUCGCUUGGUACCUGUCUGGAAAAAUCAAGGCAUUUGAUCGAAGCGGCCAUGUUGCUAAGCUCUGCCUUGUUUUCCUGCCCUUACUGGUUGCGGCAUUAGUUGCAGUUUCCCGAGUUGAUGAUUACUGGCACCAUUGGCAGGAUGUAUUUGCUGGAGGUCUCCUAGGAUUGACUGUCGCUUCAAUUGUUUACUUACAAUUCUUUCCCCCACCAUAUGAUAUAGAUGGUAGGAUGCCCCAUGUGCAUUUACAGAGGCUGGCAGAACAGCAAACUAGUACGCAAUCUAUGUCGAAUAAUCCAGGUCAUCUUACUAUAAGGCAACCCGAAGUUGACAGUAUGUAUGCUGAACCUCAACAUGGCAUUGCCAUAUCAGAACACAGUGCCCGUGAGACCAGACCAAUCUUUGAUGAAGACGUUGAAAAUGGAAGAUGGAGGCAUUGAUGUCACGUUUCACGCAUUAACUGUAUAGAUCAGAAUAGGUCUUAUGUUCGACCCAUAGAAUCAGCCACUGAUGCUUCGUCGGGGUAGGUUGCUUAUAACACAACCCCUGUUGCACAUAUAGUAUAAGAGACGGCAAGCUUUGGCAGCAAGUGUUUGUGAUUAUAUUGGACCUUUUCAAUUGACUCAGCAGCAGACGGUCUUGUGGUCAUCGAAAUGUAAUGUAAAUCACUGUGAUCCAGCUUAUCUUUUUUACCUUUUUUUUUCCAAUAAAUUAUAAUCUCAGUGCUCGGGCCAGUUUAGGUGGAACACAGGCACCGUGCUCCAGUUUAUAAUUUUUUUCUUCAUUUGUGGAGAACUUACAUAAUUUAGCAACUAAAAUGUCAUUUCUAGGUUGGAUGAGCGAUGACCAAAAAGCUUGUACAUGUGGACAUUUGGCUAAUGAUUGACUCGUUCUUGGUUUAAUAGGAGUAUUUUUUCCGUUCUGGAUCUAA